AUGAUUCAAAAGAAUCUUAACGUCCUACUGUCGAAUAAGUCAUAUAAGACUUUGCAGAUGUUAUACGUUCUGUCAGUUUGUUAUUUGGAGUUCAUACACUGCUCAUGUGGGGAAAGAAUAUAUUAUGGAACGGACAGAAAUUUCGAUGGAACUGUUCCAAAAUCUGAGUCGUAUUUUAUCAACUCCACUUCCCCUCAAACGCUAUGUAAUUGCGCGUUGAAAUGUUUUCAAAGUGUAGUUUUUUGCAUUGGCUUUCUGUUCAGCUCUCAAAAUGCGUCCUGUAAGUUGUUGAAGACAUAUUUGACUGAUGCUAACAAAAACGGUAAUUUUGUUGGAGAGGACUGGGAAUAUCGAAAAAGACCAACAGAAAUCCUGUCUUUGAAUAAGCCCGUCACUGCCAGUUCAAAUUUUGAAGAUUACUAUCCAAAUGCUGGCCACAAGCUCAUUUACCUUGUAGAUGGGAUAAAAAAUGCACCUGGAAAAUUUCACACAUAUUAUGAACCGUAUCCCUGGGUGACAAUCGACCUUGAAAAAUACAGUAUCAUUAGGGAUGUGGUUAUGUAUAACCGCGCCGAUAACCAUGGUCGGUGGCUUCACAGUGUGGAGAUAAGGGUGGGAAACUCUUCUGUCUGGUCAGAGAUGACUACUUGUGGCACUUACCCAGGGCCCAGUGAGACGGGGGAUAUAAUUGUCGUUGAAUGCAGACCAUCACGUUAUGGAAGAUACGUCACUCUGAAGAUAGUUCAACUGAACUAUAUCACAGAUGACUCGAAUGCUAAAAAUGGCAACAAUGCAUUAGUGCUUGAGGAAGUUGUUAUCAACGGACUUUAUUUGUGAAAAAAAGAAGAAAUAUUUCUUCAAUUAUUGAUAUUACAAGUUAGUUGAAUUUAGAAUAGGAUAAAAAUAAAUAACGGAUGGUAUAUAUUUUUUUUCUUCAAUGAAAAAAAAAAACCCUUGCGAUUAAUGAUGAAGUCAAGAUAAUAUAGAACAAAGUUACGAAUGUAGGAAAAACUAGAGACGAGCUCGUUGCAAGCAACGAUUAGAUCUUUCGCUGUAGCUGCGUUAUACUUGUGACGUGAUACAAAAUUGAUACCUGACCAUGCUACAAUACUAGAUGUAUAAAAACUGA